CAAAUCGGAGCGUCGCCCAUUAGUUUAUAUAUCCAUCAGGAGAUCACAGAUGUCCUUCCAAUUAACUCAUUUUUGACAAAAUCCCCAGAUUGCUUAUUAAAGAAACGUGAGGAUUGUGUACGUGAUGGACCCGUGUGUGAUCGGACACAUUGAAACUUGUUCAUGUUAUAGCGUUCCUGGUGACUUUGGGGGUUCAGGGUAUUGUUAAUCUAAAGUGAAUUGUGGCCUUGUUUCAAAUCUAAGAUGUAUCCGGGCGUUCAGUUACCCUUGUGUUUGAUAUGUGGCCUGUAUUCAAAGGAUAUACAGAAACGACAGGGAUUACAGUCAUCUCUGAAGUUAUCUAACGGUUAUAUUUUACCGGAAGGCAAGAUGACGCCCAACACGCUGUUCGUCGGCGGGAUUGACAUGAAGGUCGAUGAGAAUGAGAUCAGAGACUUCUUUGCUAAAUUUGGCUCUGUGAAGGAAGUCAAAAUAAUCACUUAUCGCGGAGGGAUAUGCAAAGGGUACGGUUUCGUCUAUUUCACUGAUGAUGUCGAUAUCCAGACCAUCGUUGAUCAACCGAUCAGUUUUAAAGGAAAGAAACUUAAACUUGGGCCAGCCAUCAUGAAAGAGCGAAAUUCCCGUUCUAUGCAGUCUCCCAUGAUUGGUCCUUCACAGUGGGUAAGCCCCUCCCCAUAUGUCUACUGCAGCUGCUGCGCCCCAAGCCUGGCCCCACCCUCACCUGUCUUCAAUGGAGGGAAUCAAUACAUGCAGCCUUACUCUUAUUCCAGCCUUCCAGGAGUUAUGAUCCCACAAGUGCCCAUGAACUAUGCACAGACCACGUAUGCUUACCAGUAUCCCCUGCCACAGUGGUGUGGAGAGCAGAGAACGAGGCUUGUCAAUCAGGUCAGCGAUCCACCCCUUUUUUCCGAACUAUGUGGAUUGUGGAGUCCAAACUUUGCUAACCCUUCUGUAGCUUUUACCAGCUGCACAGACUCCUUUUUCAUGGGUAGACUCCCAUAGAAGCAGAGAAGAACAUCUUGCUGGAGACCAAGCAGGGAACAUCCUCAAGAUUUCUGUUUUUGAAGGCAUUUUCAGAGAGGGUCGCCCCGGGGUGUGAUGUGAAGGUGUAGUUUUCACAUCUGCACUUAAUUGCUUUCUCCGCCCAUUUAUUUGUAUUGUGUGUUUUCCUUUCUUUGUCAUGGCCAACUAACUUUAGAGACACUUUUAAGAUCACAAAUGCAUAUUUAUAUUUUACUUAUGUUUGCUUAUUUUAAUGUUUGAUUCACUCUUGGUGAUGCACUGUAUGCAUUAAGGUAACUUGUUCAGAGGUUUUCAUGUCGUGUUUAAUUUUUUUAUUGACUCAUCUAAGCAAGGGAGUGUUCACCGUUCAAAUAGUUUCAUUUUGGGGUUCUCACAUUCAGGGCACGUUAUGUUGAUGAUGUUGAGGACGAGGGUACAGUGGCUUCUUUUUUCCCCUUUUAUCUGUACAAAAUUGUAGUUUCAUUCAUGCGUCUGUAGUUAUCACUGUACCAAGAUUAAAUUUUUGUUAUUGCCGGUUGUCCUCCAAGUUCGUGCAGUUGAGAGGUGUAAAUAAAAUCAUUGCAUUAAUUCACACAGUAUGAUAACAUUUUAUACUCGGCCCUGUAAAAGACACAAACUUGUUUUUGGGUUUCAGAACAAUAACGGACUUUGAUAUCACUGUGAACACAGUCAUGCUCCAUUGUUCUAUUCUUUUUUUCUUUGUUCUACACUUUUUUUCACGUUCAAUUUUGUUUUGGUUUUAAAAGAUGUUUGCAAAGAGUCCUGGGUGUUUGGAACACAAAGCACUGACAUUUUAUCAUUCGUAGAUUUGUAACACUCUUUCUACUGGGGGGUUAACUUAAUAGAUGGUAGCUGAUUUAUCA